AUGCCCGGGCUGGCCAUGCUUUCUCCCAUUAAGGAGUCGGAGGAAAGUCCCUAUAGGGCCCGCUUUGGGCUCCCCCGCCAUACUGGCCAGCGGUCGCCAGUCGGCGUAAAGAACCCCACCUACGUGCAGGACACGAUGGGCAGCCCGCGACAAGUGACGAUGGACGACCUAUGGAUAUACGACUGUUACGCCCAAGACCCAACCUCACCCUACCCACGCUCCCCAUCCACCCCGAACCAUAACCGCACAAUCAGUCUACCCGUGUCAACAUCCAACUUUGUCCCUCCAAAUAACGCUCCUCUCAUCCGCGAGCCCCCACAUCGCCAGCCCCACCGACCCCCAGCAUUAGACAUGGCUGAACCCCCACUAUACCUCGACCCGUCCGUUGCAAUGGAAGACGACCCAUCGGACAUGUUCGACUACGUCAACGGGGACCUUCCCGUCAUCAACACCUCGACGUUCAGCGCCGGGAUCGAAUACGCCGAGUACUCCCCCCUCGAGCAAGAGGUCCUCACCAUGGUCGAGGUCAUCGACCAGCUCUCCGCCGCCGCCUCGCAGUUCGCCGCGCUCGAGCUCAUGCUCAGGCGCGUCGGCCCCGAAGACCCGCUCCCGGACAUGGACGAGGACGUCGCAUUCUGGUUCGUCGAGGCGCUCAACAUGUUCACCAGCGACUGCGCCGACGUCGCCGCCGACCUCAUCCAGUUCGGUGAGUUCGUCGAGGCACUGCUCAUCACCGAACACGAGCGCGCGCUGCCCGUCCGCGCCCUUCCCCGCGCGUCCUUCUCCGAGCAGGACAUGAAGGAGGUCCUCGCCUCCGCCGCGAACAUCCCCCACGACCAGGUCGUGCGUGAGAUGGCGAAGCUCGAAGCCUCCGUCCCUCCACCAGACCAGUGGAGAACCCGCGAGCGCCCGCCAUCGCUGAGGCUUUCCACCAACGACACUGUGCUGCUCCAGGCACGGAUGCCGCAACCACGGCUACGGAAUCAGAGCGUGGGUGCGCUGGGGAGGUUCCAGGAGCAUAAUACCAAUCUAGAUACCCUAUCAGUCCACCAGGACGACAAGGAUGUCAGCCCGUCAGUCUUGCGGAAAAACCGGACAUAUGUCAUCUAUGGAGAUCAGUCCCCGGCAGAAGACAACUGGUCAGCAAAGAGCAUCGUCAACUUCCGUGACGACCAGCUGCCGUUUGACGACAACGGCAACCUCCGCCAGGUGAGCAGGGUCGUGCUUGCGCCAGAACGAGCGCUCAUUCCAUCGAAGGUUUCUCCCCAGGCUGCGCGACCUCGCCCAGGUUCCGGUCAGAGCGCGAUACCCCGCCCGCUCUCGUCACCCGUUACGUUCGGCAACACGCCCCGCUCGUUCGCUCGCGGACGCCCACCAUCACUCGAACUCAACGACCCGCUCUCGCCCCGCUCCAGCUCCGGCCACGGCCACUCUUCCGCGUCCUCCGUCUCCUCCCUCUUCUCCGCGCUCCCCCGUUCCUCCUUCGCUACCACCUCAUCCUCCCCACACACCUCCCCGCGCCUCUCAACGUUCGACAAGGGCGAAAAGCCGCGGUUCCCGACCUCGUCCGGCAACAUCAAGAAGAUGUUCUCCAACAUGUUCAAAAAGAAGGAGCGCGACGGUGCCGCCCCCAGCCGCAGCAAUAGCGGCAGCAGUGGCAGCUCUUCCAGAUCCGGAGCCUCACGUUUCGGCAGGCGGACUGAGGCCACGGGGUCCAUCGACGCGACGCUUUCAGCGCUCGCUCUGGGAGGGUCGUCGCAGUCGCCCGUCGUCCAGCCAGAGCGAGAUCCAUUCGCGGCUUCCCCACCCCCAACGGGGGUUUUCCAGCCGCCGCCAACAUCGCAGGUAUCGCCGGCAUUUGACGGUUACUCGAGCAUGUUCAACCCAUUACGAGCGGCGUCGCGCUUUCCGACACAACCACUCUAUGGAGGUCUCGAGAAUUCGCCUGUAUAA